CUAACGCAAUGCCACUAGCCGCGCUAUGGUUCCGGUCAUCGUCACCAAUCUUUGAGCGUCAACGCUCUGCCCUUGCGCCAAUCCGUACUCCUUGCUAAUGGAUAAGAUCGAUCUCUCCCAUAUUUUCCCCCAUCUUCUCUUCUUUUCUUUUCUUUUCUUCAGAUUUACUUCUUCUUCUCGAGUAAUUUCCCAUCACUUUCUUGAGGAAAACGGGUGGUUUUCGUUCUUGCUCCCACAAGCUUCUGGAUUUUGUUCCCAUUUUCAUCAUUUUCAUACUUUUUCCUGUAGACCCACCUCAAUGCUUUAGCUCAAUUUGGAUUAAUAAUCGUUUCUUACCGUCAGAUUUCAAUUGGGUGACGAGGGACCCGGUAAUUUGUUUGUGUGGAGGGUACUGCCCACUUUCUCUUGGCUUGGAAUCAAAAGCUUUAAUCGUGUAGCUUGAAAGCGAUUUGAGGACACUCUUAGCACAAGCAGAGGGAUAACUAUAGAUAUUAGUCUUUAUCGAGAAUUUGAUUGCUGGAUUUGACGUGUGAGUUUAUUUUAUACGUAUUUAUCCAACUGUGAAAAGGGGUUUUGAUUUCUCUCUGUUUUUUCUUUUUAUUUUAUUUGUGGGUUCGAUGUAAUUCUGAAACAAUACAGACCAAGGGUUUCUUGGCUGCUUCUAUCUCGUGUGAUGUGGGUUUGUUCAAUUUGCUGGAGGCUGGCAGGUUCUUGGAGGAGGCGCUCAGUAUAGAACUAUUGUUCCAAGACGUUUUAUCAGGUGAGUCAGAAGUUCAAUUUGAUCAAAUUUUGCCAAAAAGAGAUCUGGGGUUGAAUUGAGAGACAACCUAGAUUUGCCUUUUGAUCUACUCUUGGAUGAUUCCUCCCAUGUUAUUGCCAUUUCGAUAAGUUGGGGUAGGAAUUGAGCUCCUUUAACCAUGGAAGGUGCUGUUGAGACACUACCAAAAGUUGAAUCGAUCGAUAAUGAACUUCAACUUGCAAGAUUCUCACGUCACCAGCCUCGUGUUAAAGCGUAUUCAUCAUCUUGGCUUGAUUUGAGAGUCUUCUAUGUUAGGAUCAGUAAUUUCCAAGUGGACAACUUGACACCCGAGUUCCUCACACUCAACCAUAUCCCUCUCAGCCCCGACACCCUUUUUGAGGUCAAUGGUGUUAGAUGUAGUAGUCACUCUGAGGGCGUCUCUUCCUCCCUGAGGAGAGAUAGGGCUGAUAAGAAAUCAGAAGAAGUUACUUUUGUGACUACUGAUAAUAUAAGGUUGAGUGGAAGUGUAAAGUUUGAAGUAUAUGACAAGGAAGAUUUGAUUCUUUCUGGGAUUCUAGAGAUGGCAAAUCGUAAUGGUUUAUUAGGGGAAUCUAAAGGCAAUGCGAAGAAGUGGAACAUGAGCUGCGAGUCGAAGUUAGGUGUUGGCUUCUUGAAGGGAAAGCAUAUGAAUGGAGCUGAAACUGCUUCCCUGAUAAUCGAGGUUUAUGUAGCUGGUAGCUUCUCUGGAAAUCCUAUCAUCUUGACCAAAACUUUGCAGCUAAGUUCUCGGAAGAAGCAAAGUUGGAAAUCCAUGUUGGAUGCCAUACCAGAAUCUGAGACACCUGAAUCUAAUGAAGAUCGAUUCUCAGAAUAUGAUUUACAGGCCACUGAAUAUGUAAGAUACAAACGGGACAUCGACAACAGUGACGACGACUACUACAACAUGUACUGGAAGAGGAGAGAAUAUUUAGACAAUGAAGAUGGUGAACUCUCCUGGUUUAAUGCAGGUGUGAGAGUUGGUGUUGGUAUAGGGCUUGGUGUUUGUUUAGGAAUUGGUGUGGGGGUUGGCUUGCUUGUCCGUACCUAUCGAGCAACUACUCGAAACUUCACGAGGCGGUUCGUUUGACAAAGCCCACAGUCAUUGAAGUCUCUUUUUUACCCUUAUUUUUUUUUUUUUAGACUUAUGUAGCUGAAAUUUUGAUUGUGGAAAACUUGGAUGUUUAAAGAGAGUGAUGGAACAUUACUUGUUUAUCCAUUGAGAGGAACAAUGUGAUGAUUUGAUCAUUUUAAGCUUUGUAAUAAUGUCUGUCUGCAUGUGUAUAGUUAGUGUGAUUCUGUUGUAUGGAAGCAGCAAAAUGAUAAUUGAACUUUCUAUUUCAA